UUCUGCCAGCUCACCCGGUGACACGUUCGACGUAUAUCUAGAUUCUCAUUCAUCUGCCCAGGUACUCGUCCAGGUCCUGGAUACGUUCUGGUAUUGGCUGCCAAAAGCCCAUUCAAGCCCAAGUAACGUUAUCCGCACUCUAGCUCCGCAUAAAUUCGGCUGUACCCACAACCCUACGGCGAUUCACUUCCUAUUCUCUUACCACCACCAUCUCAUCCCACAAUGUCCUUUGAUAGCAUCCGUUCUCCCCUUGUGUGGAGCUCCCAGCUCACCACCAUGAAGGUCCCCAUACCCAAGGAGGAGACCAAGUUCAUGAGAAAGACCUCCAUUAUCGCCACCAUCGGUCCCAAGGUCAACACUGUCGAGAAACUCGCAGAGCUCCGCAAGGCUGGCGUCAAUGUCGUCAGAAUGAACUUUUCCCAUGGCUCUUAUGAGUACCACCAGAGUGUCAUUGACAACACCAGGAAGAUGGUUGCAUCUGACCCCACCGGCAGGCCAGUCGCCAUUGCGCUCGAUACAAAAGGCCCUGAAAUCCGUACGGGAUUGAUGAGAGAUGGCAUGGAUAUCGCCGUCUCCGCCGGACAUGAAUUUAUCAUCUCUACCGAUAGCAAGUACAGCGAGAUAUGUGACGAUAAGGUUAUGUGGGUUGACUACCAAAAUCUUCCCAAGGUCACCACUCCGGGAAAACUUAUUUACGUUGAUGAUGGCAUUCUAUCUCUUCUUGUCACUAGUAUCGAUGGAACGAACGUGCAUGUCCGCACGCUCAACAACGGUACCCUGUCGUCUCGUAAGGGAGUUAACCUUCCUAAGACGGACGUUGAUCUCCCUGCCCUUUCUGAGAAGGACAAGGCUGAUCUCAAGUUCGGUGUUAAGAACGGUGUCGACAUGAUCUUCGCCUCCUUUAUCCGCCGCGCGGAAGAUGUCAAGCAUAUCCGUCAAGUUCUCGGCGCUGAUGGUGCCAACAUUAAGAUCAUCGUGAAGAUUGAGAACGAACAAGGAGUGGCGAACUUUGACGAGAUCUUGAAAGUGACGGACGGUGUCAUGGUCGCACGCGGUGACCUCGGUAUUGAGAUCCCAGCUAGUCAGGUGUUCUUGGCACAAAAGAUGAUGAUCGCAAAGUGUAACAUUGCGGGUAAGCCAGUCAUUGUGGCCACACAGAUGUUGGAGUCAAUGACGUACAACCCUCGUCCCACGCGUGCGGAAGUCAGCGAUGUGGCUAACGCUGUUUUGGAUGGUGCGGACUGUGUCAUGCUUUCCGGAGAGACGGCCAAAGGGUCAUACCCCAUUCAGUCAGUGCUGAUGAUGGCGGAAACAUGUCUGUUGGCUGAGGCUGCUAUCUGCUACCCUCCUUUGUACGACGACCUCCGGACCAUCCAGCCUCGCCCAACGCACACUGCGGAAACCGUUGCAAUUGCUGCUGUUGCCGCCGCGGAGGAGCAAGGAGCAAGUGCGCUCUUAGUGUUGUCGACAAGUGGAGAGACCGCAAGGUUGAUCUCUAAAUACAAGCCUAGGGUUCCUAUUCUCACCGUGACCCGAAACCAGCAAACUUCGCGCCAGAUCCACUUGCACCGCGGGUGCUACCCAUUCUGGUACCCUGAGCCAAGAGGUAUUCAGGACCACCAGUGGCAGACGGAUGUCGACAAUCGUAUCCGGUUUGGCCUUCGCAACGCCCUGGCGUUGAAGAUCAUCACUCCAGGCACCGCCGUCGUCGCGGUGCAAGGCUGGAAGGGUGGUUUAGGCCACACCAAUACGCUGAGAAUCAUCAACGUUCCCACUGAAGCGGCGGACUUGGAGAUGCAGCCUUUGGGUGCUUAGGCUGAAGGGCCAGAAACGGAAGCUCGUAGAAAAUAAAAACCAAAAUUCUACGCUGUGCUACUGAAUGACUUAACUUACUUUUCUGUAACAACAUGAUUAGAUUUUUGACACGAAUUUCUUAGAGACAUUAGACUGUGACAACCGUGGUUACUAUAGGUGCAAUGAUAACAUGUUUCAAG